GUCAAGGAUUUUUUUUCUGAAUCGAAAUUUGGAGAUGGUUAGACCAUUCUUCAGGACAAAAUACAAACUUUGGUGAUGAGCAAGAAAUCUGAAAUGUAAAAUUUUAAAAAUCACAUUCAAUUUGUCAUCAUAUUUCUGAUUUAUAGUCUACUGCACAUUUAUAUUUAUUAAAUCUGUCAAAAAAUCCACAUCAUGCCAAUAAUAUCAAAUUUCAAUUUGCCUAAACUGUUUUGCCUAUAGUCUAUAGUCUCUGCAUGUCACUACCUGUUUUGACUACAGUGGUCCCACAGGUCUUGUUGUUGCCUUAUAUGCAAGCUUAAAGUCUGUUUGUGUUCUCAGUGCAUUGUUACCAACCCUGAAGUCUGAGUUGUUCCUGCUGUCAGUACCUGGUUUUGUCACUAAUGCCACCUGUUUAUCUACUGUCAGCUUUACAUUGGCUCUGCUGUGCAUCAAAUCAACAAAAAAGUCAUCAAUGCACAUGCUAGAAAUUUUCUGUGUCGAGGCAUUGUGGUUUAGUCAGUUGACAUGCUUCUCUUACAAACAGGAAAUCUAUGUCUGAGCAGCGCCUUACCUGUUAAAUAAGUGUCCUGUCACUUACACAAAAAGUCCAGUUACUGUAGUCAUAUUUCUUUUUGCCUACACUGAUUCUUCAGCCUGAUUAGUUUUUCGCUCCUAACAGUCUACAGGAGUACAUGGUUGACAGUGAGUCAGUUGUCUGUAUUUUUCGUUUACUAUCAACCCUCUUAAUAUUUCUAAAUAAAUCACCAAAGAAGAGAAGAAUUACUCAGAAAAUAUUUCACAGCAAUAGGUGUGGGCACCGUGGCUUAGUUGGUCAAAGCGCCUGUCUAGUAAACAGGAGAUCCUGGGUUCAAAUCCCAGUGGUGCCUCAGUAAUAAUUCAUUAUUAUUGGCUUAACAUGUUACAAACUGUGAUAGUGUGAACCUUACUCAAGAAUUUACACUUUGUGUUAUCCCAGCAAAUUGAUUCAACUAAACAAAUGCAAAUAACUAUGCAUACUGCAUGCCUUUGCAUUGGAGGUUUAUCAGCAGGACUGUGACGGAUGAGGACACCACUUUCAGUAUGUCAGGUAAAUUUCAGCAUGCCAGUCCAUGGUUGUUGCACAAAACAAAAAAAUGCAAAUCCACAUGUAAAUGUAGAGGUUAAAUCAAAUAAAAUGCUUACAUUUGUCUGUUGAUGAGGAUCGUGAGCACAACAAUACUUCCUGAUCUCACUGUGCUUUGCAUCACUGGAUACAUUUGACUAUUGAGGAUAAACAUAGUUAAAGAUUGUGUUUGUGUGUUUGGUGGAUAUCCAAGUGAAUGACUCAGACUUUCAGUCACACAUGCUGCUCUGAUUGGUCCGUUUAGGUAAAAAUCUGGUGCUAUGAGAGCUCUGAUAGGUGAUAUGGGACACUCCUGUUCCCAUGUAGUACCACCAUAUUAAUCACAGCUCUCUGUCAGCCCUGUCCUUUCAACAGAAAUCCACUACACUGAUCUCCCUUUGUUGGUGUCAUCAUUUGUGACUUUCUGCAGAAAUCAUGAAGAGAAACAUCAUCAGUCUUCUCCUCUUCAACCUCGUCCUUGUCGUCCUUCUCACUCCUCCACACACAGUGAACAUUGUAAAGGUUGUCAAUGUCCACAUUGGGAUAAACUGGACCACUGCGAAUUCCUACUGCAGAGCAUACUACACUGACUUGGUGACCAUCAGAAAUGCAGAGGACAAUAUGAGACUUGCCAAGUAUUCAGGCUGGAUUGGUUUGCAUUAUGGGGAAGAUGGUGUAUGGGUGUGGGCCAGUGAACAUGAGGGGGUCACAUUCGUCACCUGGGAUGGUGGUGAGCAGGAUAUACCAGAUGAUGAUAAGCAGUGUGUUAUGAAGUAUGGCCCAGACUGGGUUAGAGAACCAUGCAGAUAUUAUCAGUACUCCCUCUGUAUGGAUGAAAGUCUGAUUCUGGUCCAGGAGAUGAAGACAUGGGAGGAGGCCUUGCAGUACUGUAGAGAGCUGCAGGCACACACCAGAUACAGGUUUGACCUGGUCAGCCUGCCAGAAAAAUACAUCAACGUGCUGGAUGGAGGGACAAAAAAACUGAGCGCAACCACUGAUGAGGUGUGGGUUGGACUGCGUUUCCAGGCUGGUAAGUGGUUCUGGCUGGAUGGAAGCCAAGUGACCAGCUCCUACCUUCCUCACUGUCCUGUCCAGCAGCAGCACUGUGGCGCACUCGUUUACAAUAGCACAAAUUGGAAGACACUGAACUGUUCUGAGAAAAGAAAGUUCCUCUGUGGCAUAAACAAUUAAGUCCUAAAUCUUGAAGUUCAACUGCCCUCUUGAAAAUAAAGGUAACAUGAGCAGAGAGGUAAAUCCAUGACAAGAAAUACAAUUUGUGAUGUGGCUGAAUUACCUGAGAUGUAAACAAACCUGUAUGGUAGUCAAACAACAUUAGUAAUUUUAUUGUUGUUGUUGUUUAGUGCUAGUCCUUAGUCCUAAAAAAAAGAUUUGUCAAUUUUUAACUGAUAGGUUUAAAUACUGUGUUUUGACUUUUGGUGGUGUUUGCAAUAGGACAGUAUCAUUAAAGCAGCUAUAAUCAAUAUCUCUUGAUAAUGACAAUGUACAAAUGACAACUUUACUGUUUCAGUUCAGUCUCACUGUUUUCAGCGUUGAUGUAGCAGUCAACUUUUUUCAGCAAAAAAGCUCUAAAAACCAACUGUUGGUUGGUAGAGACAAGAACAGAGCUAAAAGACAGUGAAUAUUGGACUUAGACUUGUAAAAUGUGUUGUUUUUACACUUGGAAGAGCUGUUUCCCCAGUUUAUGUCAACUUAAGCAAAUGAGCUGCUGGGGAUAGCUUGUUACUUAGCUUACAGACUUGAGUGGUAUCUUUUCAUCUAACUCAGCAAAACUUUACUUUACAAAAAAAUUCUAGUAUCUGUCAAAAUGUAUCACUAUUCCUUGUGUUCUUGCAUGUUGUAUCUCAUGUUUAUAGUAUAUUUAGUGAUUUUAUUCAGUCAUGCCACAAGCAUGACUCUAAAUGAAUGAUAAUGUUUCUCAAUAACUGCUGGAUGUAUAAAUAAGCAUCUGUUAGCCAACAAGUUGGUCAUAUCUGAUACGUCAGUGUUGUUAUUAUACGUUUAAAUGAUUGAUCUAACUUAAAUAAAUUACUUAUUUGUGAGACUUA